AUGACGACCACGCGAAAUCCGAAAGACUCAAUGAAGUCCACUUGGCCCACGGGGGACAAAGAACAAUGGAAGAUACCACACAAAAUCCUUGACCACGCAAAUGUAUACCAUGUCGACCUCGAUCGAGAAGUGCCCGUCCAUUCCAAAGAAGAAAAAAUACCAUACGUCUCAGAUUGGGCCUUGAACCGCUGGGUCAUCGUCCAUGCCGGCAUCCCACUCCUCAUUCACCAGCUCUAUAACUGGAUCACUGGCGGUCAAUUCCAUCCGAUCGUCGCUUUCUUCUAUUAUUACUAUGCCUCAAGGCUAUUCACAACUCGCGAACUCCGAAGCCUGCGCGAACUCGGCCAUAAAUAUGGGUUCCUGGAUGGAGAUAAACAUGAACGGGAUGGCGUACCGGAUGUAGGGGUUUCCAAGACCUUGACAUCGGUCCUGCUGGCGGGCUUCGUGCGUCCCUUGAUGACAACUUACCUCACAUAUAAGGCAAACGAGGCACCGAUAUCAUUAGACUGGAAAUGGAUUGCGGUUGAAGUCAGUCUCUACGGCAUUAUCUUGGACUUCUGGUUCUACUGGUACCACCGCAUCAUGCACGACGUGAACGGUCUCUGGAAAUUCCACCGAACGCAUCAUUUGACGAAACACCCGAACCCACUUCUUACCAUUUAUGCGGACUCGGAACAGGAAUUCUUCGAUAUUGCGGGGAUCCCGUUGAUGACUUAUUUCACUAUGAAACUCAUAGGCAUGCCGAUGGGUUUCUACGAAUGGCAUGUUUGUCAGCUCUAUGUUAUGUUUGCGGAACUUGCUGGACAUAGUGGUCUUCGUCUCCAUGCUGCGCCGCCUAACCCUCUGACAUGGUUGAUGAGAAUGUUUGAUGCAGAGUUGGUGAUCGAGGACCAUGAUCUGCAUCAUCGUCAAGGGUGGAAGAAGAGCCAUAACUAUGGCAAGCAGACACGCGUUUGGGAUCGGAUAUUUGGCACUUGCACUUCUCGGAUUGAAAGUGUGGAGAUGAAUAUCGACUAUGAUAAUACUGUGGGUAUGUCUAUUUUCUAG